AAUCAACAACACAAAACAGAAAAAUCCAAAAAAAAGGCAAAAGUAGGUUAUAAAUUAUAAUUAUACAGAGGAAGGAGAAGAGUUACCAAAACAUCACAGGAAGGAAGGCCAAACGCAUUCGUCGUCCUCCUCACUGGGCUGCUGCUGCUGCACUCUUAUCAUAUCUCCAUACACAAACGUCGCAAAGCAGAGAACCAGAGGUCAUCGCCUUGCACUACACUGCCACUGCCACUGCCACCGCCACCGCCAGCUUAUAUAUAUAUAUAUAUAUAUAUAUUCGGGAUAUUUUGAUAUUCUGCCGAAAUUGUGCACUACCAAUUUGCCGCCGCUUCGAUUCAUCAGUACCACGAGUUGUUAAGCUGUUUGGAUUGUCGAUGGCGCUUGAAUUCCGAUUAAUGUGAGAGAGUGGGGAGUCGUCGGUGUUCGGAUUGAACCUUUUUUUUUUGGAGUUGUGUUACUUUCCCAGAUCUCGGUAUCUGGGAAUUUCUAGAUCUGAGGCUUUCGUCGCUUAAUUAGGGGGUCCUUUCUAUGGCUGCCACAUUUCCUCUGCCGGUCACCGCCGCACAGGUAGGAACGUACUUUGUUGGGCAAUACUAUCAGAUGCUACAGAAUCAGCCAAAACUUGUGCACCAGUUUUAUGGUAAAUCCAGCACCAUGCUUCGGAUCGAUGGAAGCACCAGAGAGACUGCUACUAAUAUGCUGCAAAUCAACCAACUUGUCCUCUCACUCAAUUACACGGGAAUAGAGAUAAAGAGUGCACAUUCUUUAGAAUCUUGGGACUGCGGAGUUCUAGUUAUGGUUUCUGGCUCUGUGUACGUGAAUAAUUUCAAUGGGAAGAAAAAGUUUGUGGAGACUUUUUUCCUUGCGCCCCAGACAGGAGGUUACUUUGUCCUUAAUGAUAUCUUUCACUAUGUUGACGAAGUGAAAAAUCUGCAGCAUCCAAUUGGCUAUUUACCUCAGAGCAACCUCGAUAACAAGCUCCACUCUGCGGCUACAGUUAGAGAAAAAGGGCGCAAUUACAUUUUGGGUGGGGAUAUCCAAUCUAAGCAAUUCUUGGCUUCCGAAAAGAUUGAAGAAGAUGCUCCAGUCAAUAACUACAGCUAUCACGAAGAUCAACUCCAAGUUCCCACUACCGAAAAGAACUUGGAUGAAGAUUUUGAUUUGCAAGCAAAUGGUGUCCUUCAUGGAAAUGUGCACUCCGAACAUGACCAGUUCUCUUCCCCUAAUGAAGAAUCUGUAGCCGAGCCUCAGAAACAUACUUAUGCUUCUAUAUUACAGGUUGCUAAAGCACGGUCUGCUCAAGCAAUCUCUCAAUCACCAAUCAACAAGCCCACUACCCCGGAGAUGCAGCCAACAACCGAAACCCCUGCCCAGCCAUCAAUUGCAUCAUCGAACCAAAAUGAAAGGUCUGGAGUUGAGCCAGCAGAAGAGAUAUCUGCAGUGGAAGACGAAGUUGAGUUCAAGUCUGUUUAUGUACGAAACGUUCCAUCUACAAUGGCUGCCUCUGAGAUUGGGGAAGAAUUCAAGAAAUUCGGUAAACUCAGACCUGAUGGUGUGGCCAUCAGAACCCGGAAGGACAUUGAUGUAUGCUAUGCGUUUGUCGAAUUCGAAGAUAGCGUGGGGGUGCAUAAUGCAAUUAAGGCAUCAAUGGUUGAGAUUUCUGGACAUCCCCUCUACAUCGAAGGACGGAGACCAAACAGAAACAACUCAGUUCGAGCAAGAGCAAGGGGUAGAGGCAGAGUUAGCUACCAGAUGGAAGGAAGAGGACGACCUGGGGGGCGGGUGUUCAGCAGGGUCAGUAAUCACGAUGCAUACGAUCGUGAUUACAACAGACCUAAGGCGAAUGAGUUCUACCGGAAACCUCUGCGACAAGAGAGGGCUUACGUAGCCAACCAUGGGUCGAGAAAUGGUCCAAACUCGCUAGAAUGAAUCGAGCCGGGUACGUCUUCGAAUCUGAAGAAGGUUUAUAGAAUGCCGCUAGUGGUCAGAGUAAUUUUGCAAUAUCACCAUAUGUCUUCUUAGUUCAGUCUUGUUUUAUCCAUUGAAAAGUUGGGAAAAAUCCAAGUAAAUUAGAUCUGCUGGGGGGGAGGUGUCACAGCAAUAUCUUUUAUUUGAUGGCUAUUCAAUUGUUAUUAUUUUCUUGAUUAGUUUAUUUUUCUCUAAUGAAAGGUACUUUAAUUAUUGCA